CAUGAGUUCAACUCGAGUUGGGAGGAGGAAUUUGACGAAUAUUGCAACUUCGAUCUUGAAGAAGAAGGAACCUCUACAAAAAUGGAAGAAUAGCAAGGAGUAGCCAUCCCGCCUACCCUAAGCAAUGAUGCUCUAUGCAUAGAAGAAACAAGCUUUGAAGUGGAUGGAUCCCUUCAAGAUUACUUUACAUCAUCUUCUCAAAGUUCUGUACAAAACUUUUGAACAAGAGAAAGAAAGGGUUGAGUAAGAAGAUUUCACCAUUCAUGAGGUCACUCUUGGUGAGAAGAUGGAGAAUGAUAUUCCUAAAGUUGGAGACCAUGAAUAAAAACUCAAAAUCAAGGUGGAGAUGAAUCAAGAGUCAAGCCAAAUCUCAAUCGACUGCUUGAUGAAGAUCCAUUUGUAGCAUUUCUGGACAACCAUGAGACUGCGGUGUCAAUAUCUAACCCAAAGAGGGUAAUAUUUGAAUCCUUGCUUGUAUCGUUACCUCUAAAACAUGCUUAAAGUUCAAAAUUCAAAAUAUGGGGUAAAAGGUGCAAGGUGGAGACAAAGGUGGCUAUUGCUUCAUGGUCCACUAUCAAGUCAAAGAAAGAAGAAGGAUGGUACACACUUGGAGCCUGCAAUCAAAAUCAUGGACUUCAAGUAAGCCUUAAGUUGGGGGCCUUAAAGGAUAAGAAGAUAUGCAUAGCCAAAGGAAUAAAAGAAAGAGCACUUCAUGGGAGGCAACCCAUGUUUGCAUCCAAAUUAAGGGUGUAAAGUAAAACUGCUACUAAGGAGACAGUCCAGAUUUCAUUCUCUUGAUCAUCAUCAUCUACUUACACUCUAUCAUAACAAUCUUGCUAAAGGUAAUUUCAGAUUUUAAUAGAUUAACCUGCUGACCAUACUCCUUCUCAUAGAUAUGAAGAAUCCCCUUUAGUUUAGCACGUUUCUUCUCUGUAGCAUUGAUGAAAACUAUACUAUCGUCAGCAAAGAAAAGAUGAGAUGCAAUCGAGGCACAAUUUCAUAUUCUGACUCCAUGAAUCUCCCUUUUUCCUUGGAUUUCUUUAUGAAAGCAGAUUAACCUUUUGCAUAGAGUAGAAAAAGGAGACAGAGGGUAUCUUUAUCUCAUACCUCUAUAAGGGAAAACAUCUGCCUAUUCGUGAUAACAAGAAAAAAAUAGGAGAAUGUUGAAACACACAUCUUAACUCAACUUAUCCAUUUUUUUGUUGAACCCCAUCUUCCUCGUCACUCCUUCUAAAAAAUUAUAUUUGAUCGGUCGUAUGCUUUAGCUAUAUCCAAUUUAACAGUUGCAAACACUCAAAUGCUGAUAUAAUGUUGGCUGAGGUAAUAAGGGUUAGUCUUCGAAAUAAGGGUUAUUAGAGUAUGAUUUACUUAUUGAAGGGUUAUUAGAGUCUUGUAAAUAGAUCAGCAAAGUAUUUGUUAACUCACUCCAUACUUUCUUGUUGCUCUUCAUAGAUUCGUCCGUCAUCCAUUAGCAUCUUCUUUAAUGUAUUUCUUUUUCUAUGAGUUGUGGCUUUCGAAUGAAAGAAAUUAGUGUUCUUGUCCCCAUACCUAAGCCAUUUCAUCCUUGAUCUUUGUGGCCACAUCAUUUCUUUCUUGAAGUUCAAAUAUGAUCUUUCUGCUACAAGAGACUGUCUUGUUCGAUGAGUUGUUCGGUCUUCGGCUAAUAUUGCAACAUUUUCAUCUUCUUCUUGAUCUUCUUCGGCUUUUCACUAAUAAUACCAUAUUUUUUUGCUACUGAUUAAUAAAUCUUUUUCACAUGUCUGAAGGAUGCUAAAAAAAUUGUUUCCAAAUAUUCUCAAUAAGCUCUUUGCACUUCGGAUCUUCCAUCCAAUACGAUUCCACCCUGAAAAGGAAACCCCAUCUAAUCUCAUCUUCAUUCUCUACUAUAUUAUCCAUCGAAAUAAUUUUUGGUUAGAUCCCCACGUGUCUAGGUGUGAGACAAGAUGUUUUGGAAAGAGCUUAAUCCAUUCCAUUUGAGCCACAAACAUUUUUUAGCCUUUCUUCAAUUGACCUUUCACCUGCUCUACUAUUGUUCCAAGUGAACAGAUACCCCUUGAAUCCACAAUCAGCAAUACCACACUCAUUAAGGAUAUCUCUGAAAUCGAAGGCCAAAUCUUCAUCAAUGAGUCUACCUCCCUUGUUUUCAGCACCCACUAAUAUCUUAUUGAAGUCUCCCAUGCACAGCCAUAGUAAAUCAAUCCUAUGUGCUCCCCGGUUGUUUCCACCCUCAAUAAUGGCAAAGCUAAAGAUUAUUUUUCAACGUAGAAGGGUCUCCGCCACUUUCUCCCGAACUUUUCUCUCUUGUUAUGGAUGUUUUGUCCUUCAUGAUGAGUAAGAUGCUGGAGGCCUGGAAAAUCGGAGGGUUUUGCAUGGACGAGAAUAGAGGUAUUGGGGAAGAAUACUUCUUUUCGCAGACGAUAACUUGCUCUUUUUUUAUGCAUCUUAUAAUCAAGUUUUGAGCAUCAUGGCCACUCUUGCUUGCUUCCAAGUUGUCUCAGGCCUCAGGAUCAACCUUGAUAAAUCGGUGAUGUUUACUAUCAGCGAUAUUCCUAACCCGGACUUUUUUGCUACAAUAGUGGGGUGCAAAUGGAGUAACGAGCUUUUCAAGUAUCUCGGUUUCCCUCUUGGAUCUAAGGUGAAUGCAUUAGAGACUUGGGAUCCCAUUAUAUCAAGCUCAAAACUUCCUUCUUGCAUGCCUGCUCCGGAGAGAAGUACCAGCAGAAGCUCGAAGGGUGGAAGGCCAAUUUUAUGUCUUUAGAGGUAGAUUAGUGCUCAACCAGACAGUUUUGUGUAUCCAGCCAACCUACUAUUUUUCAUUGCUCAAAGCCCAAGCCGAGGUGGUUCAUCGAAUUGAAAAGAUCCAAAGGAGAUUUCUCAUGAGCGAUAUGUCUGUCUGAUAAUCAAACGAUUCCCCUUGUGAGAUGGGACUUGUGCAAAGCUUCUAAGGAGAACGGUGGUAUUGGGAUCAUUGACAUCAAAAGCUUUCACAAAGUCAUGCUUGCCAAAUGGCUUUGGAGAUUUGCUUCCAAGAAUAGCACUUGGUGGAUGGAGCUGAUUAAGAUAAAAUAUCCUGAUGACCAGUGAAUUUGGUAAAGCGACAGAUGUAAAAGCGGCUUCUCGAACUCAGUUUGGGCUAACAUUACUAGAGAAUACAAGCCAUUCUGAAAAUUUACUUAUAAUGACCCCAGAGGGGGUGCCUGGGUUUCUUUGUAGAGAGAUUGCUGGAUCCCGAACGUGAUCCUCGCAUAUACAUUCUUGCAUGUCGUCGCUACCGCCUCGUCCCCGGAUGCUUGGGUCUCUGACAUCGCAGACAAUUCAGGUGAGAACUUCAUUUGGAACCUUAAUUUAAACUUCAAUCUAAGAGGAGGCAGAGAGGGAGAGGGUUGCUUUGAUUAGUCUUAAUAAUUCUACUGACUGUCGUGUUGCUUGCGGAUCAAGUCAGGUCGUUUGGACUCCUCUUCCCGAGUCUUCUUUUUCUGUGAAGUCUAUCUACAUGUCAUUGAUUAGCGUCCAAAUUCAAUGAGUGGACGCCUUCCCAGCCGAGUUCGUAUGGAGGAAGAUCAUCCCUUCCAAGAUUUGUGGUUUUGCCUGGCUGGUGGUGCACAAGAAACUACUACCUCGGUGAGCCGGACUGGCUGCUCCAUGUUGGUUCCUUUCCUAGCUGCUCGCCUCUACUUCUUCAGCUUGUUGAGUUGGGUUUGCUUUGUAGCUGCUCACGCAAUUGGGUCGAGCACAGGGGUGACCUGAUCCAUCUAGUGCUUUUGUGUUGCGUUUUUGUCUUCUUUCCUUGUUGUUUGGCUUCUUGUUUCUCAUGGACCAGGAUCAAUGCUCUUGAUCCAUGAUCUUACUUUGUUUUCUUAACGUUUUCCGUAUUAAUAUUAUCAUCGUCAUUAUAAAAAAAAUCCCAUCCGAGAUGUUUAUCCUUCCUGUCUUGGUGGCUGUAAAUUCCUGUGAACCGACACAACGGUUCACCUUCCAGAUUGGUAUACUCCUAAAGUAUACGGUACUUGGGCACUUGUAUUAAAAUAUCUCUAUCUCAAGUUUGUAGUAUGAUAUUAUACCUUUAUUUUUCAUGGAUAAAACCCAUGUCCCGAUUCCCUACACACAAAUUGAAUAUUAAUUUAAUAAAAAUAAUAAUCAAUG